AUGCUCACAAAGGCGAACGUGCGAUUCGGUACGGCGCAGGCGGGCAGCGAUCUGAGGACGAUGCUGACGGCAAAAUUGAAAAUGGUUUUUUACGAGUCACUGCAGUUGGCGCAUAAGUGCAUCCUCAACUCGUUCUACGGAUAUGUCAUGAGAAAAGGGUCGAAGUGCGGAUUUGGGGUGAAAAGUGAGUAAAAAAGGAUGAUGGUACGGAACGUAAACGAGCUCCGCUGGACUCAACACUCAGCGCAGAGAACAGAAAACAUAGAAAAAUGGUGACAUUCGGCGACAGAAAAGAAAAUCGGCAAGAGUCUGAAUGAGUGCAGUGGGGCCAUAGUUGUCACGGGCCGGGCCGGCCCUGCCCAGCCCGCACGGAUAACCUCUUUCUGCUAGUGUUAAGUGGUAUGCGGUCUUUUAUCAAAUAGUCAGGAGGUUUUUUUUUCAGUUUUUCAGAUUCCAUAUAUUUGAUAACCUGAAAAAUUUAUAUUUUAGAAGCGAGAUUCUUUCUCAGAUUUUUUUUCAAUGAAUUCUCCUGCAACUGUCCAAAAAAAAACGCUAAUAACGACAGUUCUGAGUUGCAAAAUUUUAACUAUUAUAGGGGCACCGAACAGAAAUGGCGCUCUGAUGAGAAACUCUUUUUGCAGUGCAAAUUGAGCGACCUCGGGGCCGAGUUUGAAAAAUUAGGCCACAUUUUCAGUGGGAAAUUACUUCGCGGCCUAGAAAUUCGGCCAGAUUGCGAACAGCGCGCCCUUUCUGUCCGGUACCCCUAUAAUACCACGCUUUUUCUGCGUAAUUUCGGAGCAUCGUACUAAAAAUAUUUUGCCAUUUUCCGACAAAAAUGCUGCAAAAUCGGGUAUUUCUGCGCCAUUUAUCAGUGGCCAGAGCUGCAACGUCAUCAGCAGAAGACGUUAAAGUUAGUUUUUGCUUUAAAAUCAUCAGAAAAAUAAUUAAAUGUCUUCAAGGAGCCACGAAAACACGCAAUCACUGCAGUCAACGCACUCACAAACGCUCGCUCCAUCGUUCAAAUCACUCCAAAAGACAGAGCAGGCAAACGAUUCAGGUAUCUAAAAGAUUUGUUCAAAAUUAAUCGAUAACACGACCAAUUUACAGACGAGAAUUCAAUUUGCCGCGUGAAGCUAUUGACGGCCUCAGGAAUGCCAUUGUCACGUGUGAACGGCCGGCGAAACAGUUGCAAAACGAAGCAGAUCAGUUGGCAAACAGACUGGAACAACGACGAUUUCCAGAAUCGCCGGAGAAUCUGAAAAAAGUGAGAGAUGAAGUGAAGAGGAAAUUGAAGCAAGGAAAGAAGGACGAAAUCUCCGAGUUUGACAAGGAAGCGUUGGGAGGAAAAGUUCAGGAAGCACAGCAGUACGAGUUGCGAAACGAGGUGGAUAAGAUUAUGAAGAAGGCGUCGUUCAAUUGGAAGCCGCUGGAAAUCACGACAAAAGAAGCGGCUGGCGCUUAUUCUCUGGCCAGAAUGGCUCCGAACUACGCGGAAAUCGCCAGAUGUCUUGAAGAGUUUCAAGACUUUCAGCCGGAAACUAUUCUUGAUUACGGAAGUGGAAGUGGGGCAGGCUUCUGGGCCGCCACUAGUCGCUGGCCGAACACAAAAGAAGUGACGAUGGUAGACAUGUCGGACGCGAUGACAAAGUUUGCAAUGGACUCGCUGAGGCCGGAUCCGAAUACGGGCGGACCCGCGGGAAGACCGUUUGUCCACGAUAAUGUCCAUUUUCGACGCCAUUUACUUCCCUCUCUCAAUGUUCGUUACUAAUUUUCAAAACAAACUAAAUUAUUUCAAAUUUCAGACAACCUACGAUCUCGUGAUUGCUCACCGUAUUCUCUGUGAAAUCGGCUCUUCCGAGACUCGCCUACAACUAAUUGAAUCCUUGUGGAAGCGUACAAAUCGAUUUCUGCUCCUCAUCGAAUCUGCACAAUCCGGAGCUUUCGGCGGCAUUCUGGAGGCUCGAGACUUUUUGCUCACUCAGGGAACCACUGUCGACUAUCGGCAAUUGCUGCGAACACUCGAGGAGAAAGUGACGCUGUCGCCGAAAGUGGUCAGAAUUGUGGAGGAUUUUAAUUUGAGCGACUACGAAAAGUUUGUGAUGCUCAAAGAAGCGGUGCCGCCCGGAGAAUCCGUCCCGACUCUUCUGCCGACGGCGACCGUCAUGGCUCCGUGUCCGCACGACUUGGGAUGUCCGCUGAAUGCGCACAGUUCGUGCACAUUCUCCACGCGAUUCCAGCCGAUCCGCGCCGAUGGAAGAAGAUCGGAAAAAGAGUCGGAUGGCACAGAAGUCGCCAAAUUUAGCUUUGUGAUUCUCGAAAAAGGGGAAAGAAAAAUCAAUGAGCAUACAAAUCGAAUUCUGAAGAACCGGAAGUUGGGCGGUCAUGUAACGUGCGACACUUGCACCUCAUUUCGUGGAAUUCAACGGUUAACGCUUUCGAAAAAGCACGGAGAUAUGUACAGUGCGGUAAGAAGAUUCUUAAAAUUCCUUUGAUAAAAUUAAUUUUUCCAGGUGCGCGGCCGUCGUGACGGAGAUGUCCUUCCGAUCAGUCUCCGAACCGUCACAUCUUCAGGAAUAUUCGACGUUGAUAAUUGA